UUUACAUCUGUGUUUAAAGAAUCAAAUAAUUGAAAAUUGUACAAGGUUUAUGAUUGGUUUGUACAAUUGCACUUAACGUUGGUACAAUAGCACUUAAACCAUACAAAUAAUAAAAAUAUUCAGAAAGUAUUUUAAAACAAUUUCCGUCGUUACGCCUUAGCAACCACUUUUCAAGAUGGCAUCUAAAUAUAUUCUAAUAGAACGCUUGGCACAGUUUACUUUUGUAUACAUUUUUAAAACAGGGUGAAUGGAAUCAGUGAUGAGUCUACUUACUGAUGCUGUUGUAACUCAUCUUGGAGAUAAAUUUCUAUCAGAAGACAAACUACAUACAAAUACAAUACCUGAAGAUGUUCAUCAAUCUAAAAGUCAAAGCCAUCUCCCUGUUGUUUUUACAAGUAACACAAUAUUUCACCGGAACAAUGUUUCAGAAAAUGGUUUAAAAGUCUCUAGGUUACACAAAAUUGAUAAAAAUAAUAAAGAUAUCAGAUCAUUAAAUGAAACAUGUUCUUCUUUAAAGCGCCUAUCUAUUCGUUCUAUUACACUUCAUUCCUCAAAUGAAAAAAAUUGCUUAGAAAACAAAUACAGCGAAUUUUUUAAUCAUAAAUCAAAGAAGACUAAUCAAAUGGAUGAGAACUAUCAAAAAAUGCAAGAAAUGAAGAAUUUAGCAUACCUUGCUAUGCAGAAUAACAAAGUGUUUGUUUGUAAUGGACCAUAUGCAUCUUUGCGCAAAGCUUUACGUAGAAGAGGAUGGGUUGAGCAACGGUUUAAAGCAAUCAAUGCAUUAACUCAAGAAUGUCCAGAUUCAGAGUUAAAUGAAGAUACAUUUGGCGAAAAUCUAAAUGAGCAAUAUUUUGAAAUUAUGUCACGGUUGGUUAGAAAUGCUGUUCCUUCAUUUAUAUGGACUCUUAAGCGCGAUGACAUUGGCUUUCGUUCUUUGCAUAAGGAUCAAAUUAUAAAUCAUUACACUUGUGCUUGGGCAUUUACUACAAAAUCAGGCUUAUGCUCACAUCUCAGAAAUCUCCAUCACUUUGAUGAUCUUAAUGCCAACAGUUUUUUUCCUAGAUGUUAUAGACUUUGUUGUCAGCACGAAAGAGAUGAAUUUAUUGAUGAUUUUAGAAUAACAGCAGCUCAAGGACUGUUAAAAAUUGUUGUCGGAGAAAGUGAGAAGUGGGCAUUAAUUAAAAAUUCUGAAAAUGUUAGUAUGGAAAAUAUGUCUAAAUGUAUCAAACAAAGUUUGUCGCCAAUGCUCCUUGAAAUAGCCAUAAAAGCUUGUCAUUUGUAUCUUGAAAGCAAAGCACAUCUGGAUAUUGAAGAAGACUAUAACGAGCAUAUAACUGAUGAUUUAUGGAAUUCACUUUUAGAAUAUUAUUACAAAGUAGCAAGAAACGAUUUCUAUAUUGAAAAUGGAUGGCAGUAUCAAAAUGAAUGCAAAACUGUUUUAAACAAACUAAGCAGCUACUUUCCUCAGAUGAAAAUUGAUGGUUGUCAAAACCUAUGGAUUUUGAAGCCUGGUGCAAAAUCGCGAGGUAGAGGUAUUGAAAUUAUGUAUUGUUUGGAUACCAUCCUCAAACUUUCAAGUGACAAUGUUUCCAAAAAAGAAGAUCGGUUGGUUAUACAAAAGUACAUUGAAAGACCAUUCUUGGUUCACAAAACAAAAUUUGAUAUUCGCCAAUGGUUUUUGGUAACUGACUGGAAUCCAUUGGUAUUAUGGAUUUAUAAAGAUUCGUAUAUUAGAUAUUGUGGCCAAGAGUUUUGCUUGGACAAAUUUGAUCCUCAAGUUCACCUUUCUAAUAAUUCCAUACAAAAGCAUUUUAAAAAUGGAAAACGUUCGAGGCAUUUGCCUGAAUUUAAUAUGUGGUUUAGUGAUGAGUUCAAGGCGCACAUUAUUAAAAGAGGAUUUAAAACAACUUGGGAUGACGUCAUAUACCCGGGUAUGAAAGCAGCUAUUAUUGCGACUUUGCAAAGUUGUCAAAAUUCUUUAGAAUAUCGAAAAAACUCGUUUGAGUUAUACGGUGCUGAUUUUAUGCUAGAUGAAAAUCUAAAUCCUUGGCUAAUUGAAAUAAACUCAAGUCCAGCCUUAAGCCCCAGUACUCCUGUUACCGAGAAGCUAUGUAAUAAUGUUUUAGAAGAUACUAUGAAAGUUAUACUUGAUCGUCGUGAAAAUAAAAAUUGUGAUGUUGGUCGGUUCGACUUAGCAUAUAAACAACAAUAUAUAAAUGUUCCAUCUUAUAUGGGUUGCCCUCUAUCUAUUGAAGGUAUUUCGUUAUCAAAAAAAAAAACGCUUGACGUUGAAAAAGUCAAAUCACAAAGCGAUAAAAGUAUUAGUUUUACCUAUAGUUCUUCUUCGGCAGAUAGCUCAAUUAUUUCUAUAUCGAAAGAUACUUCAUACGUUACUGAAUCAUGCCAAGAUUCUAUAGAAAAAAGGUUUACCGAACAAAUUAAUCUAAGAAAUUCUUCAAAAAAAAAAUUUCAAACCAAAAAGGGAAGUUUUACAAUCAAAAACCUGAAGCGAGAAAGUAAAAAAAAGCUACGGGAAACUUUGUUCCCAGCUUCCUGUAAUAAUUAAUUUAAACCUUUAACUAAUGUUUCUUUAAAACCAUCCGUACCUGUUAAUAAUCAACUGUUAAAUAUUUAUUUACUUUAAAUACCUUUUUAUAUUACUUAGCCGGAACUUCAAAUUCUAAAGCUUUUUUAUAUGUAUAUUGUUAAAAAUGAUAUUUAUAUUUUUAGUGUAA